UGGAAAGUGAAGGAGGCUCAUCGAUACAUUAGCAGUGCUAUUAGAUGUUCUGUCAGUGUGAUCAAUUAAAGACCGAUGUUGAUGAUCGGAGCUCAUGGAGGUCCCUGAGGAGAAGCCCAUUAUCUACACGAUGGAGAACAAACCCAUAGUGACCUGUGCGGGCGAUCAGACCCUCUUCACGGCGCUGUACAGCUCACUGACCCAGCAGCUGUCCAGAGAGCCCAUGGAGUGGAGGAGGUCUUAUGGACGAGCACCAAAGAUGAUCUACCUGGAGGCCAAUUUUGUCCAGUUUAAAGAGGAACUGCUUCCUAAAGAGGAGAAUAAAGCGCUGCUCACAUUCCCAUUCCUGCACAUCUACUGGACGGACUGCUGCGACACAGAGGCGUAUAAAGCAUCGGUUAAAGAGGACAUGCAGCGCUGGCAGGGUGUCCUGCGUCUUCACGGCUCUGUUGAUUGGCUCAUCGUGGUGGUGGAGAGCGACAACAAGAAAAAGAACAAAACUAACAUCCUGCCGCGCACCUCCAUCGUCGACAAGAUCCGCAACGACUUCUGUAACAAACAGAGCGACAGGUGUGUGGCUCUGUCGGACCCUCUGAAGGAGUCGUCUCGCUCGCAGGAGUCCUGGAGUUCGUUCCUCACUAAACUGCGCACGCUGCUGCUCAUGUCCUUCACCAGGAAUCUGGGACGCUUUGAGGAUGAGAUGAGAACACUACGAGAGAAACGCACAGAGCCCGGCUGGAGCUUCUGCGACUACUUCAUGGUCCAGGAGGAGCUGGCGUUUGUCUUCGAGAUGUUGCAGCAGUUUGAAGACGCUCUGGUCCAGUAUGAUGAAUUAGACGCUCUUUUCACACAGUAUGUGGUCAACUUUGGCGCUGGAGAUGGCGCUAACUGGCUGGGUUCGUUCUGUCAGCCGGUGCGGAGCUGGAACGGACUGUUGUUACGCCGACCCAUCGACAUGGAGAAACGUGAGCUGAUUCAGCGAGGAGAGGCCAGUCUGCUGGACCUGCGCAGUUAUCUGUUCUCACGUCAGUGCACAUUGCUCAUCUUCCUGCAGAGACCCUGGGAGGUGACGACACGGGCACUCGAACUACUGCACAACUGCAUACAAGAACUGCGACUGCUCGAGGUGUCAGUUGUCAGUGGUGCAUUGGACUGUUGGGUGUUUCUCAGCUGUCUGGAGGUGUUGCACAGAAUCGAGGGCUGCUGUGACCGCACACAACUAGAUGCAAACUUCUCACACACUGUUGGCCUGUGGACUUAUGCUACUGAGAAGCUAAAGUCUCUGGGUGAUCUGUGUGGUCUGGUGUCAGAAAACAGCCCAAACUCUGAAGACCUGAACAAAACGGUUGACCUGCUGGCCGGUCUGGGAGCAGAGAGACCUGAAACCGCAAACAGCCUUCAGAGUCCAUAUAAAAAACUCAAAGAGGCGUUAUCAUCUGUAGAAGCAUUUGAGAAACAAUAUCUGGAGCUGUCUCAUGCUGCUAUGGAGAUGUACAGAGCGAUCGGGCGACUGCGCUCAGCUCGACUGCUGGGGAAGAGUCUGGCUGAGUUCUACAUGAGGAAGGGUGACCCUCAGAGUGCUGAGAACUUCCUGCAGGAUUCUCUGAAGUCAUACGUGUCUGAGAGCUGGAGUUUACCGCUCACACACACACGCAAACAGGUCGCUGAUUGUCAGAAACGACUACAGAAGAUGGACGAAUACCUGCAGACCAGCGCCCUGCUCGCCAGCAAUGCCAACCUGAGCGAGGAGGAGAGAACACACUUCUGCCAGGAGAUCCUGACCUUUGCCAGCCAGACCUCAGAGUGCAAAGAGCAUUGUGUCACUCUCAGCAUGAGUUCAUUCACGCAGCUGCAGGAGUUGCAUUUUCGCCCGCCGUCUGCACUCGUCCACGUUGGCGCUGCACUGCAGCUGGAGUUGCGUCUGUGCAGUCUGAUGCCCAUGGCUGUGCGUGUGGAGCAGCUCGCCGUCAGUAUACACUUCACGCUGGAGCAGCCCGGGACUGCGGCUCAGAAACGUUCGGGUCAGAGUGCAGACAGUACCGUCACAUUCCCAGCGGUGAGUCCGGUGUCUGCGCAGCCGGCACUCGAGUUCUGCGAGAUUCAGGAACACAGUCCGUCUGAUAACGCGCUCAACUCCGCCGGCGUGAUCUGCAAGAACAUGCACCUGCUAAUGCGUCGCCAUGACAGCACCACAUCCCUGGACACGCCUACCACAGCGCCAUCUGCCGUUGCUAUGGAAGAUGGUGCUCAGAUGCUGAAGACGAAUGAUGUCACUCUGUUGCCUGGCAACAACAGCAUAAUUUUCACUGCACCGAGUCAGAAGCCGGGCACAUACACUCUUCGGCAGCUUUGUGCUACAGUGGGGCGAGUUCAGUUUGUUCUGCCUCAUAUUUACCCUGUAGUGCAGUAUGAGGUUUACUCACAGGAACCUCAGCUCACCAUCCAACCCCUCACAGACAACCUGUUGGCCGGCUUACCUCAGCAGGUGAAAUUCACCAUCUUAACGGGUCACUACACGGUGAAGAAGGGUGAUGCACUUCAGUUGAGCAACACCGACUCGAUGCCGGUGCUGCACUCCGCCACAUGUGCCGCACGCAUCCUGAGCAGCACUGGAGAGCUGGUGGGUGAGAGCGCUCUGUCCAUCCAGUCGUCUGAGAAGGUGACGAGCAUCUCUCUUCCUGUGACUCCACCCUAUCACACGCUGGAGUUCCUGCUCGACGUGCUGUGUCAUAUCCCAUCAUGCCCUGCACGCAUGGAGAGCGAGCGGCUCACGAAUGGCGAGAUAAGUCAUCGCUCGCGCAGCAGAACGCAGUUUAACAGUGGAAUGACCGUCAUUGACCAGAAGGUGUCUGUUGAUUGCCCCUGGUCCAUUUACUCGACUAUAGUCUCUCUCAUGUUCCACGUGCCCUUUAAAGUCAAACACACACUGUUGUCUGCGGGAUGCAGGAAGUUCAUCCAGAUUUGUCUUCAGAAUGUAUCAGACACUAACUUUCGGCUGACCAAUCACACGCUCGCUGAGCAUCAACACACACCUUCACUGGAGCUGAUCUCACUCAGUACUAACAAACACAAUGUGAUCAUCAGUCGUCAGUGUGUGUUCAGCGUUUGGGAGCUGCGUUGGUCCGGCGCACUGCCGCCGCCGUCUCUGCAGUGUGUGUUCUCUGCCAGCUUCACUCCUGCAGACGCACCUGACGCAGCACUCAAACCCUACAGCUACGACUUCACGCUGGAGAGAGUUUCUACGUUGUACAGCGUGCAAGCAGAGAUCUAUCCGGCUGCGGAUGAGCAGCACUGUCGCACCGGAUCCCUCUGCAGACUGGAGGUGUCACUGACACGUCUCACAGAACCCAGUGAGACAGACAGAUCAGACGAGGAGUGUAGUGAGACAGAAGGACUGCGCACGUCCAGACUCAUGUAUGAAGUGAUUGAUAACAACAGUAACUGGGCAGUGUGUGGCAAAAGUUCAGGGGUCGUGUCCAUGCCAGUUGCCGCCAUGGCAACACACAAGGUUCAUAUGGAGAUCAUGCCGUUGUUUGCUGGACACCUGCCAUUCCCGAACAUUCGAGUGUUCAAAUACCUGCCUCACCACACAAGCCCUGUCAUCCAGCCCGACACAGAUUCGUGCCUGGAGAACGAUAACCUGUCUCUGCUGGAUAAGGGUUUGGAUGAUCAGGGCGACACGGCAAGUCUGCGCAGCCGAGGGAGCGUUCACUCUCUGGGCAGCGGCGAGCAGCAGCCGCGCAGUCUCCCCAUGCCAAAGCGCGAGCCGUUCGGCACCGGUCAGGUGUUUAAUAGCGCGCAGGGCCGCCAGGUGCUAGUGCUGCCCGCCACGGACGAUCACAUCAUGGAAGUCAAUGUCACAUGACCCAGUCUCGCCCUGGACGCCCCUGUGUAUGCCCUCAGCAGACCAGAGACGAGGAGCGAAAGGGGCGUGAGUGAUGGGGAGUCUGGUGUGCCCAAUUUAUGAACCGACAGGUGGACGUUGGCCUGACUUGAAAACAGGAACACAAACAAAAACAAACUGAUAUCAUUUGAGCCUGAGAAUCAUCUGCUGUCUUAAUACUUUUAUUUUACAUUAUUUUACAUCAUUUUUAUCACGUCAUGCACUUAUUGUUGCGCUUUACUGCGACAGACACUAGAUGGCACAAAAACACUUUUCCCGUCUUGGACAUCCCAUAGAGACUGUUCCCGGGGACAUUCACACAUUUAUACUGUGCCGUUUCUGCAUCUCUGUGUGUGUUUGUAUGUGAGAGACUCAAACCUGCUGCGUUUAGAGUUGCCCCCUUCUGGUUGUACUACUUCACUACGCUUUCACUUCAGUCUUGUUGCAUUCAGUGUCUGUGUGAAUGGAGGUGCUGUUGCUUUAUCAUCACAUGCUCUCUCUCUGUCAGACUGUGAGCGCCACCCGCAGGCUGCUGUACAUACUGUUGAAUACAUAGAUGAUAUUUAAAGAGAAUCACUGUAUUGACGCAUUGGCUGAACCAUAUACAGUUACAGGAGAAAAUAUGACAUUGAGUGAGAGACACUUAAGAUUACAGGAAUAUUCCGGGUUCAAGUUAAUCUCAUCUACAGCGUUUGUAUCAUAAUGUUGAUGAACACACACAUUAAUGUUGACUGGUUCCUCCUUUAAUAAAGCACAAAACAUAUUUUACUGUCAUUAAAUCACUUACUGACCACAUCUGUGUGAAGAUAGAGACAAUUAUACAACUUUAUUACCAUGAUGAUGAUGAACGCUGUAAACUUUACAGCUGAAAUAAUACACGAGUUUAACAGAAGAAUUAAUGGAAGUGCUUUUAUACAAUUAUAAUCUUCACAUUUCUGUCUUUAAACCUCCAAAAAUUGCCCCAUUGACUUCCAUUGUAAGAGUGUCACUGGAACACACAUUUGUGCUUUUAUUAAAGGAGGAACCAGUCAACAUUAAUGUGUGUGUUAAUCAACAUUAUGACACAAAUACUGUCGAUGAGAUUCCUUUUAAAGAACAAUUUAUAAUUCUCACAGGGAGAUUUUUGGGAGAACUGUAUUUAUUCUUAUUACUAAUUAGUUUUUUUUCUCUUGCUGUUGCUAAAACUAAAUUUGACGACUGCCAAAAAUAUUUGAGGAAGCGUUUCUGUUCUUUGUUGACUUGGACACAGUAUUGUUUUAAACACUCGUGUCUGCUUACAUCCCGCAUCAUGCGUUUGUAUCGGGCUGAUUUCGUGACUUUCUCACAUGGGACAUUCAGGACUUUUGGGGUGUAAAACAGGUGUUUAGGUUUCAGUCCGUGACGUCAGUAACAGUUUUCACAAGCUCUUUGUAAAUUCAGUCAAACAUCACAGAUUGUAUUUAGAUUAUUUAAAUAAAAUAAAAAUGUACGCAUUCUACAGCUGAAA